GCAGGAGAGAAGCAGGAGAGAAACAGGAAGAGAAACGAGCGAAGCGGCGGCAGCGGGAGAGAGAAGCAGACGGGAAGCGUGGUGGAAGCAGCAGAAGCAGCAACAGCAGAGGAGUUAGAAGCAGGCGCCUGGCAAACAACGAGCAGAGGGACGGGAGAAGCGGCAGGGUUAGGGUUGUUGUUGUUGUUGGUGCGCACUCUGAGGGGCAGUAGCGUGUGGAGAAGCGAGGGGACAAGUGGACAAGUGGGACAAGUGGGAUAAGCGGGAGAAGCGAGUGGAGAAGCGUGUGGAGAAGUGGGAUAAGGGAGUGGAGAAGCGAGGGGACAAGUGGGAUAAGGGAGUGGAGAAGCGAGGGGACAAGUGGGAUAAGGGAGUGGACAAGUGGACAAGUGGGAUAAGGGAGUGGAGAAGCGAGGGGACAAGUGGGAUAAGGGAGUGGAGAAGCGAGGGGACAAGUGGGAUAAGGGAGUGGACAAGUGGACAAGUGGGAUAAGGGAGUGGAGAAGCGAGUGGAGAAGCGGGCUGAGGAGCAGCGAGUGGAGACGCAGGUGAAAGAGAAGGAGCUUGGGGAGCCGGCGUCGCAAGAGCCAUGAUCGUGUCCGUGAAGCUGUUGCAGGGAGGGGAGUGCUCCCUUGAGGUCUCGGAGUCGGACCUGGUGUCACGGCUGAAGGAGCUGGUGGAGCGUGAGCUCAAGGUCCCCUCUGAGCAGCAAAGGCUGCUCUUCAAGGGAAAGCCGCUGAUGGACGAGCUGCAGCUGAGCGACUACAGCAUUCCCCACAACGCGCGCCUCAACCUGGUGCUCAAGGCAACCGAGCGGGGGGCCGUCGCCCCCACCCUGGCCCCCGAGUCGCCCACGGCCGCGGCGCCGGCGGAGGGCGACUCCGCUUUCUGGGAGCUGCUGCCGCUCAUCCUCGCCAAGCAUUUCUCCCCGUCCGAUGUGCACAAGGUCCUGCAGCAGUUCAAGAAGGACUACGACUGGACCCUCAAGAGCCUGAGCUUGGACGACGUGGAGAGGAUAGCGACGCAUCUCCUGCACGCAGACACGCCCGCCACUGCACGCGCAGGGUCGGCUGAGUGAGGCCCGCGCCGUGGCAGCCAUCGGAGCGCGCGGCCUCGUGCCAUGCGAGUGAUUGAGCGUGCGGCGUCGAAGGAGGAGCGAGACGUCAGGGCACUCGUCUGCUCUUCCACUCGCUUGCCCCCCCCCCCCCCCCUUGCUCAUCAAGAAGAGAGUCUCCAGCCACACAGAAUCACGGCUGUUCGGGCUGGGACUCAAGAUGUAGAGUUUAUUCAAAUGUGUUAUAACAUACCCGUACUCUUUGGUCACCCGGGAAAGCCUUGUUGAGCUAGCAUGGCUCUUGCAGGAGGGUUCUGCUUGGGAAUUUCAGCCAGUAUCUGAUUUGAUUUGAGUGUUUAUGCUUUGCGGGAGGAAAACCCACAGCUAGGAGAAAAUGAGCAAACCCUGCAUAAAUAAGGUCGCACCGUACUUACUGUACCGCUUAGAAUAAUAUGAUUGUAACAGCCACGACAUGGGGCUGUUUAUAACCACCCCUGUACUGUUACAAGACUGAGAAAAGUUGGGUUCCUUUAGCCCCUUUUGAAAUGGUUGGGUUUAGAGAAAAUGGCGAGCACACACAGGAGGAAUGUUGAAUCAUUUGCACAUCACAUGGGGCUAGUGACACAUUGAACAUGGUGAAGUGUAAUUGUCUAAAAGCCACGAUGCACUCGUCUGAACAGGCAGUAGUUCGACCAACAGAUGACUUUUACCCCUGAUUAAGGUUGCAUCUUUUUUCCAAAACACGGGUUCAUAGCCCUUGGAUUGAAACACGGACCACUUGCAUUCAUUGCAUUUCACAAGCGUCUCCAAUGCUGCAAACUGCAAUGUAUAAAUGCACACACUCAGAUGCUGCUGGUUUUUUGUAGGUCUCUAGCAAUGGGAUGUUUUACAGGUCUGUGGAUAACACGCACGCUCCAUGUGAACAUAUCUGCAUUACAAAAUGUACUGUCUAAUGUUUUUAUUUUAAAACUGUUCAUUGAAAUAAAUUUGAAGGAUUACAAAUUCUGUUUUAUCUCCUGCCAUGGUGAUUGCCUUGCAUGUUGAUUGAAGGCAUGGACAUGACCAGAAUUCUAAUAACCCCGGCACCAGCAUAAUAAAGUUGAAAGUUUGUAAUUGAA